AUUUUUGGUUUGGGAGAUAAUUAUUGUUCUUUUCUUCACCACCAUUCCUUGCGAAGAGUUAAAAAUAGUUUGCAGUCAGCGUGCGCUAGGUUGGAGUUCGGGGGCAGCUCGAUGGUGGGAUGUAUGUACAAAGCAGGCGACAAUAAGACUGGGCGUCAGUCAGAGUGGGCACGGUCCGCCUUGGGUACAUCGGUCAUCCGCGUUGAGAGUUCGGCUAACGGUCCCGGGAUGGCUCAAGGCUCCUCUGAGCAAAUUGUUCCCCGGGGUAGUGAGUCCGAGGAAACUUCCCCCAAUAUGCUGGUGUACCGAAAGAUAGAAAACAUUAUCAUGCGGAUGCAGGACGAAAAGGCGGGUGGAGUGCCUAUUCGAACAGUGAAGAGCUUUCUGUCAAAGAUUCCCAGUGUCAUCACAGGUGCAGACAUCGUACAGUGGCUGAUGAAGAGCUUGAGCAUUGAAGACCCUGGUGAAGCAAUACAUUUAGGGAGCCUCAUUGCAGCUCAAGGAUACCUCUUUCCCAUCUCUGAUCACGUUCUGACACUGAAAGAUGAUGGGACGUUUUACAGGUUUCAGGCUCCAUAUUUUUGGCCAUCAAACUGCUGGGAGCCAGAAAACACAGAUUAUGCGAUCUACCUGUGCAAGCGGACAAUGCAGAACAAAGCAAGAUUGGAACUUGCAGAUUAUGAAGCCGAAAAUUUGGCCAGGUUGCAACGAGCAUUUGCAAGAAAGUGGGAGUUCAUCUUUAUGCAAGCAGAGGCCCAAGUAAAAAUUGACAGAAAGAAGGACAAAACGGAACGUAAGAUCCUAGACAGUCAAGAAAGAGCAUUCUGGGAUGUCCACCGACCGGUUCCUGGCUGUGUGAACACCACAGAAAUGGACAUCAGGAAAUGUCGUAGGAUGAAAAACCCCAACAAUGUAAAAAAGUCAGUGUAUGGGAUUUCUGAAGAUUCACAGACACGCAGUCCUGCACAUACAGUCACACCAGCAGCUAAGAAACCUGCAAAAGAUGAUCUGAAGAAACAGAUAACAUUUUUGAAUAUCCAGCUCGACAGACAUUGUUUAAAAAUGUCCAAAGUAGCGGAAAGUUUAGUCAGUUACACUGAGCAGUAUUUCGAAUAUGAUCCCCUCCUGACUCCACAAGAUCCUCCAAAUCCUUGGAUCAGUGAUGACAGCGCAUUCUGGGACAUGGAAGCCAGCAAAGAGCCCAGCCAGCAACGUGUGAGGAGAUGGGGAUUCUCCUUUGAUGAAAUGCUAAAGGACCCUGUAGGACGCGAACAAUUCUUGAAGUUUCUGGAGUCUGAGUUCAGCUCUGAGAAUUUGAGAUUUUGGUUAGCCGCAGAAGAUUUGAAGAAGCGACCACUCGUGGAAGUUCCAGACAAAGUUCAAGAAACCUGGCAAGAAUUUCUUGCUCCUGGGGCACCCAGUGCUAUCAAUCUGGAUUCCCAUUCGUAUGAGAUAACCAGUCAAAAUGUCAAGGAUCCAGGGAGGUAUUCUUUUGAAGAUGCACAGGAACACAUCUAUAAGCUGAUGAAAAGUGACAGUUAUGCUCGUUUUCUGCGUUCCAAUGCCUAUCAGGAGCUCUUACAAGCAAAAAGAAAGCUUGAGAAUGAACAGGGCCGCAGAACUUCGCUGGAAAAGUUCACUCGCAGUGUGGGCAAAUCUCUGACUGGCAAACGGCUUACCGGUCUCAUGCAGUCGUCCUGACAGCAAUCCGGGCUUACUGGUUGCAAUAAGAUGAGAAGAGACUUGGACCUAUACUCCUGGGAGCUACCAUGUAAAGGAGAACUGUGAGGAGUUCUAUCGUACAACUCGACAACAGGACAUUUUAAUCCUUCCUCAGUGCAGAAUGAAUUACCACAACUGUAUCAAAGAAGAUCACCUUUUUUUUUACACUAAGAAAUAAUAAAUUAGUGUAUCUUAGGCGCAGGGAAGCAGAGAUAGAAUUUCUGGCUGCCAGUGAAACUAUAUGGAUGUUUUUGACCUUCUAGAUAUUGUAAUGGGAAUUGCUUGUGAAUUCACAGAAUCAAUUUGUAUAAAAGAACUUUUUAACCACGUGUGACUGAGAAAUAUUAGGAGGUUUAUAAAUUGCAAGCAAGGGAGCAGGUGCUUAUAUUGAAGGUCUUUUGCCAAGGAUGAGGCAGAUUGAUUAAUCUGUAGGCAAUAACCAGCUCAGUUUCCCUGAGCGUCACAUUCACUUCAGCCAACCAUAAGUCUUCCAUCUUUCUCAUGUUUGCACCUUAGAGUAUUUAAUGCACCUUGUGUAAACUAUAAAGGUGCUCCAGCAUAAUUGUAGUUAUGAACUAUUCCGACUGAUCACAGUGAAACAGAGAAUGGGAAGUAACACCAUAACAACACAUAAAUUAGCUUUAAACUCAAGUUUAAUUAAAGGAGUCUCAUAAGUGUUUUUCAGCUUGGCAUACAGAAGCCACAUUUCAGUUCAGCUUUAUUAUCAUUACCUUUUGGAUAUUUUGGUAGUUAAUGACAGAUCGGGAUCUAAUAACACCAAAGGAAAAGACACUAUAGUACGGACUGUACAACACACUGUUAAGAAAGUAGCCAGCACCUUUGUAGCUAUAUCACCAUACAGGUCAGAAAUUUAGUUUAUGUUCACACCCAAGCUUUGCAAACUCAGAGGAAAAGUGGCCCAGUGAAAAUAUAUUUUGGCCAAUAUUAGUUCUUCAAUUGCCCUUACAGCAGAUUUACCUUGUCUUCUAUUUGUUGUUUGUAGAGUCCUGCUCUGCAAAAGUUGGUUGCUAUGCUUGCUGUCACCAUAAUAUCUACAAUUUAAAACAACUAUUGUCUGCAAAAUGCUUUAAGGCUUUCUGAUGAUGUGCAGGAAGAAUUGAGUGAGAAUUACCUUUGGAAGUCAGGAGCACUGUUCAAAAAUUCUGAAUUAAAUUUACUUAUAGUUUUCCCAUUGAGGGUGAGCAGCAGAAAUAUACAGGGGAUCUUGAUGAGCGUGGGGAGAGAGAAGGUUACAGGGAAAUAGAGACAGAAGAGACUGUAACUUCUAAUAUGCAGAGGAAAAAUCCGGAAGAAGUCAGCAAGUUAGACAGCAUUGGUGGAGACAAAAGGAUGACCAGUGUUUCAGGUCAAGACCGUGGAUCAGCACUGGGAAGAAAGAUUGCUCUGAGACUUGGCAUAGACCAAUGUGCAGGGUGGCCUCCUUCAAUGUCAUAGAUGAACACAUGAGAAAAGUAGAGAAACAGGAUUUAAUAGGAUUAUGUUGAAGUUCUAUAUGAGUAGCAUCCCAUCCCUCAACAUUUAACUCCAUCUGUUUCUCUUUUCCUCAACUGUUUAUCUAACUUUGCUUUGAAUUCUUCUCUGCUUUCAUCAUCAGAUACUUCUUGUAGGAACUCAUUCAUAUUCCUACCACAUUUUUCCUGAAGUCUGCAUAGAAUAUGUUAGUCACAACUUUGUCCAUUUAAUCACAAUGGAUAUCUGAACAUACUACUUCCUGAAAUGGAAAGCAACAGCAACAGCAACCAUUUCUAUCUUAAAUAUCACCACUCCGGAAACCCUCCACCGAAUGCGGUGUCAUCAUGGCAAAAGAGGAACCCAUGGACUGAUAUAUUGGAAUGGGAAUGGGGAUAGGAAUUAAAAUAGUUGACCCCAGUAAAUUUCAUUUUUGGAGGAUGGAGAAAAGGUGCUCGACAAUUUUGUAGUCCUGAAGAAGGGCCUCGGCCCGAAACGUCAACUGUUUAUUCAUUUCUGUAGAUGCUGCUUGACUUGCUGAGUUCCUCCAGCAUUUUGUGACCUUUGCAUUAAGAGAUAAAGUUCCUCUUGUCCCCACCUACCACUUCAUGAAUCUCUACAUCCACCUUCCACCAUCUUCAAUGGGAUCUUACCAGCAAGCACAUCUUUACCUCCCCCCCACCCCCUACUCUUUGCUUUCCCCUUUCCCUUUGAGAUUGCUGUUUCAUGAUUCUCUUGUCCAGGUGUCUCUCCCCCCAAUCUCCCUCCUUGCACAUGUCCCUGCAAGCAGUAGAAAUGUUACCCCUACCCGUUCACCUUCUCCCUCAGGGCCCCAAGCACUCCUUCCAGGUGAGGUAACAACUUCACCUGUGAAUCUGAUGCGGCGCCCUCUACAUUGAUGAGAUUGCUAUAACCUAUUCAUUAUUAUGUUAUGUUUUUUUUUAUAUAUAUAUAUAUAUAUGAAACUCAAUAAAAAGAUUGAAAAAGAAAGAAAGAUUGCUAAAUUGGAGAACCACUUUGUUCCUAUCCCCAUUCGUAUUCAGGCAUGUUUGUCCAUGGUUGCCUCCUUUGCCUGACGAGGCCCCGCUCAGGGUGCAGGAGCAGCACUCAAUAUUCCAACAAAGUAACCUUCAACCUGAUGGUGUGAACACUGAUUUCUCCUUCCUGUAAUAGUUUUUCACUCCCACUUCACUCUUCUUCUAUUCCCUGCUCUGGCCUCUUAGCUCUUCUCCUCAUCUGCCUAUCAUCUCCCCUUUCUCCCCUGGUACAUUCUCCUCUUAUUAGAUUCCUCCUUCUCCAUCUCUUGAACUUUCCCACCCACCUGGCUUAAGCUAUUAUCUUCUAAUUCAUCCUCUUUUCCCUCCCCCCCCCCCCAACUUUUCAUUCUGACAUCUUUUGCCUUCAUUUCCAGUCCAGAAGAAGUCUCAGACCAAAAUGUCAACUGUUUGUUCAUUUUCAUAGAUGCUGCCUAACCUGCUGAGUUCCUCCAGCAUAUUGUGUAUUGCUCUGGAUUUCCAGCAUCUGCACAAUAGAGUCAUAGAAAAGUACAGCACAGAAACAGGCCCUUUGGCCUCUCUAGUCAAUGCCAAACCAUUUAAAUAGUCUAGUCUCAUCGACCUGCACUCUGACCGUAGCCCUCCCUACCUCUGCCAUCCAUGUACCUACCCAAGUUUUAACGUUGAGAUCAAGAUUGAAUGCACCACUUGCACUGGCAACUCAUUCUGCACUCUCAAGACCCUCUGACUGAAGAUUCCCCUCAAGUUCCCCUUAAGUUUUCACCUUUAACCCUCAACCCAUGACCUCUAGUUGUAGUCCCACACAGGCUCAGUGGAAAAAGCCUACUUGCAUUUACCCUAUCUAUACCCAUAAUUUUGCAUACCUCUAUCAACCCUCCCCUCAGUCUUCUGCAUUCCAAGGAUUAAAGUCCUAACCUAUUCGAUAUUUCCUUAAAACUCAGAUCCUUCAGUCCUGGCAACAUCCCUGUAAAUUUUCUCUGUACUCUUAACAUUAUUGACAUCUUUCCUGUAGGUAGGUGACCAAAACUACACACAAUACUCCAAAUUGGGCCUCACCAAUGUUUCAUACAACUUCAAUAUAACAACCUAUCUCCUGUACUCAAUUCGUUGAUUUAUGAAGGUCAAUGUGACAAAAGUUUUCCUUAAUGACUCUGUCUAUGUAUGAUGCCACUUUCACGGAAUUAUAGACCUGUAUUCCUGGAUCCCUUCAGUGUCCUACUGUUCACUGUGUGAGACCUACUCCGGUUGGUCUUACUGAAGUCCAACACCUCGCACUUGUCUGCAUUAAAUUUCAUCUGCCAUUUCUCAGCCUAUUUGUCCAGCUGGUCCAGGUCCCACUGCAAGCUGUGACAGUCAUCUUCACUGCUCACUAAGUUCCCAGUCUUGGUGUUAUCUGCAAAUUGACUGAUCCAGUUAACCACAUUAUCAUCUGGAAUAUUGAUAUAGAUUGCAAACGGACCCAGCACCGAUCCCUGCAGCUCUCCGAUAGUCACAGGCCUCCAGUCAGAGAGGCAAACAUCUGCUCUCACUCUCUAGCUACAACCACAAAGCCAAUGUCUAAUCCAAUUUACUACCUCAUCUUGAAUGCCAAGCACUGAACCUUCUUGACCAAGCUCCCAUGUGGGACCUUGUCAAAUGCCUUGCUAAAGUCGAUGUGGACAACAUCCACUGUCUUGCUUCAUCAGCUUUCUGGGAAACCUCCUUGAAAACUCAAUAAGAUGGGUUAGACUGACCUACACACACACAAAGACCUGCUACCUAUCCCAAAUCAGUCCUCGUCUAUCCAAACACUCAUAUAUCCAGACCCUUAGAAUAUCUUCCAGUAACUUUCCCACUACUGAUGUCAGGCUCACUGGCCUACAAGUUCCUGGUUUAUUUUUAGAGCCUUUCUUAAACAGCUGAACAAUAUUAGCCAUCUUUCAAUCCUCCAGUAACUCACCUGUCGCUAAGGAUUAGUUAAAUUUUUCUGCUAGGGCCCUUGCAAUUUCUGCAAUUGCCUCCCACAGGGUCCAAGGGAAUACCAUGUCAGGCCCUGGGAUUUAUCCACCCUAAUUUGCCUCAAGACAGCAAACACCUCCUCCUGUCCAUGACCUCACUUUUGUAGACUCUGUCUUUUGAGUAAAUACAGAUACAAAAAAAAAUGAUUUACAAUCUCCCCAUCUCUUUUGGAUUCAUGCGUGGAUUACCAUUCUGAUAUUCCAGGGGACCAAUUUUGUCUCUUGCAAUCCUUUCACUCUUACCAUAGUUGUAGAAUCCCUUGGGAUUCUCCUUCAUCUUGUCUGCUAGGGAAAACUUCUUUUAUCCUUCCUGAUUUACGUAGUGUUCUCUUGCAUUUCUUAUCCUCCAUAAGUACCUCAUUUAUUUCUGUCUGUGAACACCUGCUAUGCACCUCUUUUUUCCUUAACCAUGGCCUCAAAAUCUCCUGAAUUGCCAAAUCUGUUAACUUUACCUUUUAUUCUGACAGGCACACACAAGCUUUACUCUCAAAAUUUCACUUUGAAGGCAUCCCACAUAAACAUAAUCUAUUCUGUUUAUGUCUGCAUGUGUAUGGCUUUAUCAUCAAGUUGCUACUUCUCUCUAAAUGACUUUGUUAUUCACAUUUAAACGCUUAACAUCUAGGAAGCAUGUGGAAGCCUAUAGUGCCCAUUCUUCAUGUUUAUUAACAGCUUGUUGUAGUUUUAUGUAAUUUUCUUCUGUAUUGACUGAACCUUGCAAUUUUCUGCCAUCUGCACAUUUUGAAAUUUAUGCUUCAAAGUCAAAAACUAUGAUUGACUUUAACUUGUUUAUGGAAUUUUGCAGGGGUUAAAACACCAUCAUUUAUUGUCCAGUGAGAAAUGCCCUUGAGAAGCUGAAGGUGAGUUUAAACUGCUGCAUUGUUUCCAGUUAAAGAAAUCCCACAAUGUCGCUGGGCAGAGAGUUUCAGGAUUUACAUAAUGAAGAACUACAGAAUCAAAAUUCCAUAAUCUUUACUGAACAGAAGUUGGCCACUUGGCCAAUUAACUGCAUAUCAGAUCUACAUAAGAGUGAUCUAUCUGGUUCUCUAGCACAUCUAUAAAGCAAACCCCAUCGCCCUUAAGCUACAAGUCAGUAUGGUCUUCAGGGACAAUCUGCAGAGCUCAGGUUCCCCUAUGGUCUUUGCCCUUCUUUUUGUUGGCGACAGCUGAAGAUUUGCAAGGUUGGAGUCACCUAGGUGAAAGUAUUUGUUAAUGUAUAUUCUGCAGCUAUGUGUGCCAUUGGUGGAGGGCAUUAACUUUUAGAGUGGUGGAUUGUGUGCUGGUCGAAGCAGCUGCUUUCUCCAGGAUGGUGUUAUACCCCUCAAGUCUCAGCAGAGCUGCCCUGGUCCAAGCAAGUGGGAAGUAAUACCAUCUCUCCAUAGAUGGUGAAAAAGCUUUGGAACGUCAGGAGGUGAAUCGUUCAGCAGAAGAUGGGCAGUGGCUAACCUGCGAUACUCAUUUGGUUUGUCCAUUCCUUGGGGAGACUACUCUUAUCAUAACUUCCCUUUGUAUAUGCAUGGAUCUGUCAAAUGCUGUUCACUUUCCUUGAUACUUCAAUCAUGUAGUUCACUUUUGCCCGAUUCUUUCCUAUCAUCUUUGUAUUUCCAUUUGUCUUCCUCCCCAUUGUUACUCAUGCAGCUAGUGCACGCCUAGUUUUUUUUAGUUGAAAAUCUGCUCAGUCCCUUUGUGGAGGUUGCCUAUAUAGACUUGCCUUUUAGUUAAAUAUACAUCUCCUGUGGUCUCUAAUGAACAGUUUUUAAAAUGCUAUGUCUCUCAUUACUUCCAAGUCAUUUUUUGCUAUUUUUCCUUUUUAAGUAUCCUCAGUUUAAGUCUUCUGUCAAGUCUCUGCACCACCCCCCCCCCCCCCCCCGGAUCAAGCAGUGAUUCAUCCAGCAAAGUGGGAAAGAAUGCAAUUUUUUUUUUUUAUUUUACUAAUUCUCAGUGAAUCAUUUAAGUUAAAUGAUUAAUUAUUUCAACUGGAUUAUACUUUUGCUUAAAUAAUACAGCAGGACAUAUUAAAGCAUUUGUUUGCAUUUCUGCUGUGGCUACUUCAGAACAUAUUGACCACAAUGUAUGUUUUAUCAAAGGCCUCUUUGCUCCCCAUGACAGAUAUUUCCAUCGGUGCUUAAAAAGCAGUUUAAAGAAAAUAAUGGUCUUUCCCAAUAUUGUUCAUUCCUCCCAAGAGCUGAUGUACUCACGACUGACUUUGGGCUAUACAAUCCGGGCUAGCACUCCGCUACCGUACUGAGACAAAGCUGCAUUGUUUCAGCUGAAUUCCUGCAGAUGUAUCUUGAAACUGUAGUGGCACACUGGCACAACACGUCAGAAGAGUGACCUGGGUUCAGUUCUCAUCUCCAGUGCUCUCUGCAAUUUGCACUUUCUCACCAUGAACCACAUGUGUUUCCUCCGGUGCUCUCGUUUCCUCCCACAUCCCAAAGACCUAGCAGGUCAGUGGGUUAAUUAAUCACUGUAAAUGCUCCUAGGCUGAGUGCGUAGCAGAAUCCAUGUGGACUUUAUGAGAAUAGAACAGGAUUAGUACAAGUUUAGUGUAAUUGAGUGCCUGAGGGUUGGCACAUAAAUGGAGGGCCUAAGGAGCUGCUUCUGAGCUGAAUGUCUCUAUGGCUGCCGUGUUACCCUACCCAUAAUUCAUCUAGUACUCUAUACACCAAAUAAUUAAUACUGAAUUACAAUGUGUUUUGCCUCCAGAAGUGUUUGCAACAGAUAAUAUGGCAGCAUGUCAAAGCAAACUUUUAAUAUUUGAUGCAUUUUUAGUCCGAAUAAAGCAUUACUAAAAUGAAGAAAACAAGUUGCUGUAAGUUUCACUGACAGCCUCAAAAGAUUUAUACCUGAAGGUGUCCUUGGAAACUAAAUUGCAGCAAUGUCCGCCUUUACAGAUACAUGAAAAUAAUCCUCAUGUAAAAAACAUACUAUAAGCUUAAGCAUGUAUAUAUUUACAACACUUAAAUUGCUAUUUCUUGCGUGUUUAUGUCAGUCAUUGGGGCAGGAGACAGGAUUGUACAGUUCACAACAUAAUUAGUAAUUAUAAUUAAAAACAUAUUAAAGGUUUAUUUUAUGGCCAAUUGUUAUACCUAAUUACAUCUUAGAGGUGAUGUAUCACAGUUUCUUUGGCAUCUUUUAUAUUUAUAUUGUACCACAACUUUAAAAUGGAAGCACAGGAUCCUGUGCCCUGCCACAAAUCCAUCUGUGUCCCAGACAGCUCUGGCAACAAACUACAGACAGUGCUGUGUAACAGGGUCAGGUAAUUUCUCCACCAUCAAAGAACUUCUUCUGCAAAUGCAGAUGAUCUCAAAUCACAAAAAACAGCAAGUGAUUAUAUUCUCAUGGUUAUUUCUAAUGGCUGCAGCAAAAUAAACUAUGAAUGUAGAAAAUGGCAAAUAAUUGGAUUAGAGCAGCAAGCUGUUGCAAUGUUAAGAUUGAGAUCAGGGACAACAUUGCACUUAGUGUGAUGACAUGGAUAGCUACAGAAGAUUCAUUUUGAAAUGCUUCGUGAGGUAGCACUUCCAAAGGUAGUCCACCAAUUUUCUUUUUGUUUUGGUGAUGCAAUUUUUCACUCCACACUCUUGCAAUUAGACUUGUGAAACUCGAAAUCAAUUAGUAACAUGGCACAGUCUGCACUCUUAGACAAGUGCUUUUAUACCUUCUUUGCCUUGGUGUCAAAUUUUGGCUGCCAAUGCUCCUGCAAAGUGCUUUGGAAUGUUUUCAAAUGUGAAUUAAUUCUUGUUGUGGCGACUGGCAUGCCAAUCAAGAUGGCUUGCAAAGAUCUACACAGCAAUCAGUCUUGGCAAAUCUAGACAGGGGCUUAAAAGGCUUAAGAAAUGGAAUGAUGCUGAUUCACACUUGAAAGUCAAUGCAAAUGUCUUACCCUCAAUCAAAAAUAAGUUCAACCUCACUAUAGCAAUGAAAGCCAUGUUUCAGAUAAUAUCGGGAUACGUUAGAGGAAAGACAUUAGCCUCAUGGCGGACCAUUCCAGGCUAGUUAUAUAUACAGGGAUAGGAGAACGCUAUUUAACCCUUUCAGCCUGUUUUCACUAUACUAUUUGAAAAGUCCAGUGAGUGUGGCAGAAGAGCCUAACUCAUAAGCACUGAUAUCGCAGAGUGCUCCCCAUAACAGUUGCAAGGGGAGCUGCAGGCAGCUACUAUCGCACUGAAUGAGAAGGGGGUCAGCCACAUUCAGUUAGCUGCUGCCAGUGCAAGUGUCAGAGCGCCAUUGCGUUCGCUGUGACAGCCGGGCUUUGGAGGACCAUAGGCUCCUUUUAACAUGGAAGGUGCACCAGGCAGUGUCAGGAGACAACCGGACUGAGUUUGGUUAUUGUGGAUCCCAGAGUAAAAUCCGACCCAUGGAGUGCCUCAAGAUGGUCACCAUGGUGCAGCACAGAUGACUACCACACUGCACAGUUCAUGAGAUGAGUAUAAGAUCAUUCUCCUUGAGAUGAGAGUAGGAAGAAGGCAGUGACUGGAUAAGUUUUCAAUAUUUGCAAACAGACUUUCAAUAAAUUUACAGCUGAACUGAGAACUAACAAUCAACCUAGCAUGCAUUCCUAUUUGCAGAAGUGACUUGCAAAUUUCUGCCACCCUCUAUUUUGUAACCAUCCUAAGAGGCCUGGAUGAUUGUCUACAUUAUACUCCAGUGGAAAUUGUCUCCUACAGCACUAAUUUGCAUAAUUCCACUUUGUAAUUUAAUCCUUGAAUCCAGGUUUCUAUUCUAGUAAAUCUGUUCAGAAAUCUUGUCAACUCUGAUCCUAGUCUGUGCCCGAAACUGCUCACAAGACUGCAUCAACAGUUUUAGCAAAGCACUGUACAGUGUUAGCAUAACUUCUAUUUGUAUUCUUGACCUCCAGCAUUCUACAAGCCUUUUUGUACUGGUCUAUAAUUUUUUAAUAGUUUAUGUACAUGCACGAAUAUGUCUAUUUACAACUGCAAGUUCAAUUCAUGAGCAGAAGAUGAUCAGCCUUUAGCUACAGAUAGAUGCUGAGUAUGGCUACAACUUACACUUUGAAAGCACUGUCUUUUAUCACUUUAAGCACAUUGCAACACAUAUAGCCUAUGAUUCUCUUCCCUGAAAACUUGCUUAAGGUUAAUUGAAACUUUUCUUAGUUGUUUGUGAUAAAUUUUUGUCAAGGUAGCUGGGAAUGCAUAUAAAGCCAGCUAUAGUGGAACAGUUUUGAGAGGAUGAAUGGCCGACUACCAGUCCUGAUUGAAAUCAUGAAAACUUGUACAAAAAUGUAAUGGUGUUUACCAACUAGGGGUCUUUGGAAAUCAAGACCAUUGUGAUGGCAAAGAUGCCAUCCUUGAGAAGGAAUCUCAAUAAUACUAAAGAGGACCCUAUAAACCAUUGAGCAACAACAAGCCCCUGAGGCUAAAACUGGUCUAUAUUCCUGUCAAGUAGUUGGGAAAUUGUUAGGAGAUGUAGUAAAUACUUGUGACAUUAUUCGCCAAAAUUUUCACUUUGUCUGGAAGCACAAUAUUGCUAGCAUAGAACUAAGCAUGUAAAAGUAUGUACAACCACUGUUCUCUGGAGUGCUAGUUAACUGCCAGAUGGAAAGAGGGAGGAAAUAACAAGCAUUCAAAGUUUACUGAUUGUUUGCUAUUUUAAUGGAACGCACCAAAGCUUGAGCAUUGCUGUAUCACUCUGUGAUCUUAAAAAUAAAAACAAAGACCCUAA